AUGUCAAAUAAUGACGCAGUCCUCGAAGGCGGCCAGCCUCUGUCAAGAACUGCUGGGCUCGUGCUGGUCAUGAAUACGCCGAAAGUAGUGGAAGUCAGUCCUGUGCUGAUCUUCCCCGAAGAUGAAGUCGAGAAGCACGUUCAGCAUACUGUUUUGCAGCAUUACACUUACUACUGGCCAUCCGAAUCCGGCCGCAGCAUGACCCAAGCCCUCGCCCUCGGUCUGGGAUCCAUGUUCAACCACUCUACCCGGGAUCAGAAUGUCGGGUGGAUACGCAACACAGAGACCGAAGUGAUCGUCUACACCACGCUCAGGGACAUCAAAGCUGGAGAAGAGUUGUGUAUCUCAUAUGGAAGUGCUAGGCUUUGGUUUCCCGACGCCGACGCACAGGCGAACACCAGCGAGGGGUUGGGAGAUGACAACGACGAUACUGGCGGAUCAACGUUGGCAGAGCUUGAUCUGAGUGGCUUGAGCAAGAUGGACAUCUGA